AUGGUUUGCUUAGCCAUGCCGAGUCCUAAGGGAGUCAGCACCACUGCGGGGCAAGGGCAGCAGGUUGGCACACGGGAGAAGCAAGUAUUGGAAGAUCUGGAAAUGCCCUUUGUCAGGAGAGAAACCGAGACCCUCUUCCAAGAGCAGCCUGUGACUGGGAACCAGUAUUUGGAAGACGCUUUGCUUCGGAGUUACUUGAAAACUCACCUUCCUCCCAAGGUACUGCAGGAGGUGCAUCAGGAUCUGGAGAGAUUUGGGAACCGUCUGCUAACCAAGAUCCAACCUCUAGGCUGGGAAUGCGAGUUGAACCCCCCUGUGUUUCGGCAGUACAAUGCCUGGGGGGAGAGGGUGGAUCACAUCCUCACCUGCCCAGCCUGGAGGAGGAUGAAGGAGAUUGCAGCAGAAGAGGGGCUGAUUGCUGAGGCCUACGAGAGACGAUAUUCCAACUGGAGCCGUCUGCAUCAGGCUGUCAAACUCUACUUAUUUUCAAGCUGCUCUGGAGGUUUCAGCUGUCCACUGGCCAUGACUGAUGGGGCAGCCAAAGUCAUUGAGUCUCUAGGUGUUCCUGGAUCUCUGAAAAAUGCUUUUGAGCACCUGACAUCCCGUGACCCCAAGAAGUUCUGGACCUCUGGGCAGUGGAUGACGGAGCGCAGGGGAGGCUCUGAUGUUGCUAAUGGAACUGAGACAGUGGCCAGGAAGCAGCCAGAUGGCUCAUAUCAUCUCUUUGGCUUUAAAUGGUUCACAUCAGCUGCUGAUUCUGAUGUGACAUUAACCUUGGCCAGGGUAGCAGAUGCUGAAGGACAAGUAAAACAGGGUUCCAGUGGCCUGUCCCUGUUCUUCCUGAAGGUCCGGGAUGAGGAGGGGAAGCUGAACAGGAUCCAGGUGCAAAGGCUGAAGGACAAGUUGGGCACACGGCAGAUGGCAACAGCAGAGCUGUGGCUGGAUGGGGCUCAAGCAGAGCUGAUCUCUGCAGAGGGUCGUGGUGUGGCCUCCAUCUCCAACAUGCUGAACAUCUCUCGGAUCCACAACGUCAUUGCUGCAGUAUCUGCCAUGAGAAGGAUGAUCAGUCUGAGCAGGGAGUACGCCCGGAGGCGGGUUGCCUUUGGGAAGCUCCUCAAGGACCAUCCCCUGCACAUGCAGACCAUCGCCCGGAUGGAGGUGCAGACACGAGGGGCAUUUCUUCUGCUCAUGGAGAUCGUUCGUCUGCUUGGACUGGUGGAAACCAACAUGGCAAGUGAGGAACACCAGCUCCUCUUGAGACUGCUGGUACCAGUAGCCAAACUCUACACAGGGAAGCAGGCUUCUGCUGUUGUUGUUGAGGCAAUGGAGAGUUUUGGAGGACAAGGUUACAUGGAGGAUACAGGCUUGCCAGGCCUGGUCCGUGAUACUCUGGUGCUGUCCAUAUGGGAGGGAACAACAAACAUCCUGUCACUUGAUGUCCUGAGAUCCCUCACCAAGAGUCAGGGGCAAGUGGUGGCUGUGUUCUCCUCCACAGUGCAGAAAAAGCUGGAGCUGGCUUCGGGCACUGGGAAACUGGAUCGUGCUGUGAAGCAAACGCAGGAUGCCCUGAGCGGCCUCACACGGUUCCUGCAAGCAGCUGGUUCCAGGCAGGCAGUGACCAUGGAGCUGGCAGCAAGAGACUUCUCCUACAGCCUAGCAAGGAUCUAUGCAGGAGCCCUUUUAAUAGAACAUGCAGCUCGGCCUGAUGCUUCCUCCGCAGAUGUCUCUGCUGCUCAGAGGUGGUGCAACCAGGAGCUGUGCCCCGUGGCCGCGGAGUCGCGGAGCGGCAGCUACGAGGCGGAGGCAGCGCUGCUGGACCAGGGGCUGGUGUACGAGGGCAGCCCUGUCCCCCCUGGCAGGCUGUGA